CGGGCGGCGUUUCCGGGAAGAUGGCGACGGUGGAAGUGGCUACGGAGCUAGGAACUGUGGUGACCGCUGUCGGGCCUAAGGCGAAGGACGAGGAAGAAGAAGAAGAGGAGGAGGAGUCGCUGCCACCAUGCGAGACUGUGCGCUGGGCUCCCGUGGGGGCAGUGGCCGAGGCCGGUCCUGGGGCGGCGACGUUCUCGGAGGCGGCGGCAGCCGAAGAGCCUGGAGCGGCUCCGGGCUCUCCAUCCGACGCGACUGUCCGCACGCUGAGGCGGCUGGAAGCCGAGCGGCGGCAGCUGGAUUCGGCCCUGCUCGCGCUGUCCUCGCACUUCGCGCAGGUGCAGUUCCGUCUGCGCCAGGUAGUGCGCGGGGCGCCGGCGGAGCAGCAGCGUCUCCUGCGCGAGCUCGAAGACUUUGCCUUCCGCGGCUGUCCUCACGUCCUGGGUUACGAGGGGCUGGCAGACCCUUGUGGCGGUGACGAAAGCGAUGUGCUGCCGGGGGACCGGCCACGGGUGCGGGGUGAGGACCAGGGCUUGAGCGAACAGGAAAAACGGGAGCGCCUGGAAACCCAGAGGGAGAAGCAGAAAGAACUGAUUCUGCAGCUGAAGACCCAGCUUGAUGACCUGGAGACGUUUGCCUAUCAGGAGGGUAGUUAUGACUCCCUGCCGCAGUCCGUGGUCUUGGAAAGACAGCGGGUGAUCAUCGAUGAGUUAAUAAAGAAACUGGACAUGAAUCUGAAUGAGGACAUCAGUUCCCUUUCCACUGAGGAGCUUCGUCAACGUGUGGACGCAGCAGUGGCUCAGAUUGUCAACCCAGUGCGGGUGAAAGAGCAGCUGGUGGAGCAGCUGAAAACCCAGAUCCGGGACCUUGAGAUGUUCAUCAGCUUCAUCCAAGAUGAAGUGGGAAGCCCCCUGCAGACAGGUGGACACUGUGAGUGCCAAGCCAGCGGGAAGGUGGGAAUCGGCUCCACCAGGGUGGGUGGCAGUACACUGCCCCCAGGACCCGGCAAAGCAAAGGCAGAAGAUGCCAAGAGAGCCCGGGAGACGGGGCUGCACCUGAUGCGGCGAGCGCUGGCUGUGCUCCAGAUCUUCACUGUUAGCCAGCUGGGCUGUGCCACGGGCCAGAUCCCUCAAACCUUGUGGCAGAGGAGCCAGGCAGACAGAGACUACUCCCACUUACUGAAAAGACUGGAAGUAUCGGUCGACAGAGUAAAGCAGCUAGCCUUGAGACAUCAGCCACAUGACCACGUCAUCACUUCGGCCAACCUCCAGGACCUCUCUCUGGGAGGCAAGGAUGAGCUGACCACGGUUGUGCGGAAGGAGCUGACAGUGGCUGUGAGGGACCUGCUGGCCCAUGGACUGUAUGCCUCCUCCUCUGGGAUGAGCCUUGUCAUGGCCCCCCUUGCUUGCUUGUUGCCAGUUUUCUCCUCAGCCCCCGAGACCAUGCACCCAUGGGAGCUCUUUGUAAAGUACUACCAUGCCAAGAAUGGCCGUGCAUAUGUGGAAUCCCCGGCCCGGAAGCUCUCACAGUCCUUUGCUCUGCCUAUAAUGGGUGACACUGCUGUGACCCCCAAACAGAGCCUUCUGACAGCCAUCCACCUGGUGCUGACAGAGCAUGACCCUUUCAAGCGCAGCGCUGACUCAGAACUGAAGGCGUUGGUGUGCAUGGCACUGAAUGAGCAGCGCCUGGUGUCCUGGGUGAACCUCAUCUGCAAGUCAGGGUCCCUCAUCGAGCCCCAUUACCAGCCCUGGAGCUACAUGGCCCACACAGGUUUUGAGAGUGCCCUCAACCUGCUCAGCCGCCUUAGCAGCCUCAAGUUCAGCCUUCCUGUAGACUUGGCCGUGCGCCAGCUCAAGAACAUCAAAGAUGCCUUUUGAUGGGAAUGCCUAACCUUAGCCCCCACACACCUUGCUCUAAAGACGUAGAUGUCCUAGAAUUGUAGAUUAAAAGCCAGGGAGUCGGAGGAAGGGUUGGAGAUAGGUUUUUUCCACCCUUUUCAGGUGGUCAGCUAAUGGAGGCAAAGCCUGUUCUUAGCGUUUUAGAAAGACGUGCCAGAGCCUCUCAUCAAAAAUAGUGUUGGGGCUGAGAGACAGCUCGCCAGGUCAAGAUGCUUGCCAUUAUACCUGGCAGUCUGAGGGGUACAAGCAGAGAACAGAGCUCUCACUACCUGUCCUCUUACCUCCACACAUGAACUAUGGCACAUGGGAAUCCCUGCCCAAACACAAAUCAAUGUAAUAGUAAAAUCUAAAACAGAAACAGUAUCAGGACCAGAGGUGUAGCUCGGUGGUAUGGUGCAUGCGAAGCGUGCACAGCCAGUGCUGUGGAUGUUAAAAGCAAACAGAAGGCGCUGACCCUAGCCCACCACAGUGUGCCCGGCCCGCUGUUGGAGCCUGUGGUAACAAAAUCAAUUACCACACAGCUAAUGCCCAACUCACCGUGCCAUGUCUGAAUUUUAGAAAAUGUGGGUUGUGCCCACCCUUCUCUUGCUGUAUGAGGGAGUUCUGGAAGACACUGACUGACCUUGAGUCUCCUGCUAGACAAGCUGGGAACAGUCUUCCUUUACCAGAAGCAGCUUUGAGAGCCCUAGGGCCAGAACUGUAAGUGCAGUUGUGAGUUCUGAUUCCCCUUUGUUCAGAGGGAGUUUUAAGAUGAGCCUAAGAUGAAGUCUCCCUGCUGAGGCGAUCCUCACACUCAGUCAGCACUCCUCUGGUUAUAAAGAAUGACAGCUGAUCUCCUGGGCUGUUUCUCGAAAGUCACUUUCUUCCGUGGGCCUCUCAGGACUGACCCAGUCUUCAGAAGUGAAAGCACUCAGAAGAAUCCGUCAGGAGCAUACUGCACUGGUGGUGAUGGGUGCCACAGCCCCCUGGGGUGUGACUCAUUGGCACCACUUGUUGGAGACAGGAGCGUGCAGAGCGGCAUGACUGAAGGCUCGCAGUGGGCACUUGCUCCAGGGCUCACUGAGGAUGGAGAACCAACUGCCGCCUGUGCUUUGUUCCCUGAAAUGCACUUUACCUUGUGUCUGCAGUGUGCACUUUGAUGCAUCAUUGACUUCCUGUUCAAGAACACGGCAGUGUUUGGGCUUGGCGUGCAGCUCCGUGAUAGAGUGCUUGCCUGGGAAUCCUUAGCACCAACCCCAGGGGGAAAAGAUAAUUGAAAAAUAUCAUGAAUAAUGAUAUAACUGUGAUUGCUAAUAAAGUUUCAGUAUUUUGCGUAGCUUCUCUGCAA